AUGCUUUAUGAGAUCCUCACCCUAGCAAUUGCUUCGUCAUAUGUGUUUGCAAUCUACUUUCAACAACCAGUGUACUUACAAGACAGAAACCGCAAUGAUCCCAAGGUAAUUAGAUAUAGAUUGCAACGAGUUACUACACUCUGUGUUGUGCUCGUUAUAAUUAUUCCAUCGUUGGUGCCUGGAAGGUUCAGUGAUAAUUUACUUCAGAUUGGAUUAGUACCAGGAUUUACCAAUAGUGAAAGAGUAUCAACUGAUUUAGAUAAUAUUUGGUAUUCAUUAAAGUUUAUCAAUAUCUUAUUUGCGUCAUCGAUAUUUCAAAUAUUUAUUGAAGAUUAUCAUUCAAUUUUGCAUGAUCUUUCAACGACACCAAUCAUAUAUCAUUUCAGAGACUAUUUAUUUGCACCAGUCACCGAAGAAUUAAUCUACCGUGGAUUUGUCCUACUAGUUGUUACAAAAACAUGCCCUAGUUUUAUCAAAUAUACUCCCUUUUUAUUUGGUAUUGCUCAUUUCCAUCAUGCGUUACAUUUAUAUCACAAACAAUCACAGAAAUUGUUACGAAUUGUUAUAUCAACAUUGUUUCAAUUCGCGUACACUUCACUAUUUGGUUAUUUGGCCAAUUGGAUAUAUUUUAAAACCGAUUUCAACUUGUGGUGUCCUAUUGUGAUACAUCUGUUUUGCAACUUUUAUGGAUUUCCUACAUUGGCAAUAGAUUCAAGAAACUUUGUGAUACGUAUAAUCUACUACGUGUCGAUAAUAGGAGGUCUUUAUUAUGCAUAUGCCGAAAUCUUUAUCUAA